AUGACUGACAAGGCCAUACUGUCUGUGGUGGCCGGGAGAGACAAGUACUGGGUCAAUAACAAACACGAUGACAAGUAUCCACCACUGCCUGGGAAUAAAAUUGUCCAGCGGGCGGAAGAGCUGGUGGGGAAGAAGAUGUGCUAUUCGCUGAUCAGCCGGAACUGCGAGCACUUUGUGAAUGAGCUGCGCUACGGGGUCGCCCGCAGUGACCAGGUCACUUAUGUGUUUGUGGCUGCAGUUGUGGCUAGUCUGGUUUUUGGUGACAUCAUCGGGAUUGCUGGCUUCAUUGGGAUUAUGCUGGGCAGCUAGAGGAAGAGCAAUAAAUCCCAGGAAUCGUCCUGACAGCAGCCACUCAGGAUGGGGAAAUCUUGCUU